GAGCCCGCACGUGCGAACUCAGCGGCUCAGCUUCCGGUUGUAAUGAUCCAAUCACGGUGCAGGUGAGCACAGGUGUGUGUGCAGCUUUCUUCAGCCUCCUGCAGCCUGCAGCGGCUCUUCGGUGGUUCCCGGCGGAGCGGAGCAUGUCGGCGGCUCCCUGACAGGUGAUGAUGAUGAUGAUGAUGAUGAUGGCCUGGGUUUGGAUCAGUUCGGUGAAUCUAGCCCGCCUCAACACGGCACAGGAACCGCACCGGGACGCGGACGGAGCUCUGGCCAGCCUGGAGCCGCUGUUCCCGGACAUUGAACCGCCGGUGGAGCCGCUCAGCCGCGGAGGGUUUGUCCCGGUGCCGGUGUGGAGGUUCGUUAAAGUGUUGGAGCGCGGCGGCGAUGAUGGAGAGGCAGCGGACCUGGGGCAGCCUCAGUACCGCUGCAGUGACGGAUCACUGUCUGUUCGCCUGUCACUCAUCAGACACUCUGCUGUCAGUCUGGAGGACGGGACGAGGCUGCUGUCCCUGCAGGACGGAUGUCAGGCUUCUCUUCGGACCUUUGGACCCUGGCAGCUGAUAAACGUCACGUAUACCAGCUGCCACAUGGAAUUAUGGGUUUCUAACGGAUCAUGGUUUCACCAGCUGAGACUGCGUUACUUCGACCAUCUGCUGCAGGAGACCGUGACUGGUGUGGCUGCCUGCCAGAAUCCUGCAACGUCGCUGCAACUGGCGCUGCCUUUGGUGACCUGCAGAUCAACAGAUGUGAAUGUGAAACUGCCUCUUGGAGCAAGACUGACAAGAGUAAAAGCUCUUGGUAAAGACUUGGGAAGACAGUCACAACGAGCUCAGGUACCACGUACGUGCAGAUAUCGGCACCAGCGAACAUGGAAUCCACUUUUGAAAUGAUUUACACCAACUCCGCUGGGGAAAUGUCUGCGACGCUGGUGGCAUGUUUCAACACAGCAACACAAAGAGGGCAGGAUCGUCCCCGAAGAGCUCUGGAUGAACCCGACCUGUGGGAGC